AUGGCGACAGCCGCGGCUAUGGCGAUGACGGUGGGGGCUGCUGCGGCGUCUUCACCCAGUGGCCUCUGUUCUUCAUCCGCCCCCUCCUCGUCUUUUCCUUCGUUGGUGGUGCUGCUGCAGCACCGGCAGCAGCUGCAGAGAGGCCAGAGGCAGAGCUGCUGUGUGCGUUUUGCGUUGAAGGCUGAUGCCGCUAUUUCUUCGCCCUUAAGCGCAGAGCCUUGGGGCAAGGCGGGAGACAGGAAGGGGCUGGUGGCGCUUCCCCAAUCCAAGACCUAUCUGGUUGCUGCUGCUGCCGUGGCGGAAGCUGAUGUGUCUGAAGAGGAUGCCCCUGCUCCUCCGCCGGCUCCCGCCUCGAAGCCGAAGACUGGGAAGGCAGCGUUGGCCCUCAAGAGGGACAGGGUACCUAUCUCAUUCUCUCUCUAAACUCGUCACCUCCUCCAUGCCUCCCUCCCUCUCAUUCACGCAUGCUCCAACAGCGGCAAUGUGCCGGUGCUAUGCUGACCCAAAAAUUGGAUGUCCCCAUCGGUUUUUAUGGUCAUUUUUUUUCAUCUUCGUCUGAUUUAUAUUUAAGGUUAGAUCUGGUUUUGCCUGUUCUUGGCCUGAUGUUUGUGUUUCUGCGUGCUAGACUCGUUCCAAGAGGUUCCUUGAGAUUCAGAAGCUGAGGGAGAUCAAGAAGGAAUACGAUAUAUCCACGGCGAUAUCAAUCCUGAAGAACACUGCGAAAACCAAGUUUGUGGAGUCCACAGAAGCUCAUUUCCGACUCAACAUCGAUCCCAAGUAUAAUGACCAGCAGUUGAGGGCAACGGUGAGUGCUCUCUCUCUCUCUCUCGGUAGUCAACCACGGUUGAUAGUCAAUGCUCAUAAAUAGAUGAAUGUAGAUGAUCAUAUGAUGAAUAAUUAAUUGGCGACUUAUUUUGUUGGAUUAUCGCUUUACAGGAUCCUAUCUAGUUCACUAUUAGGUUUCUUCCUAUUAAUUUUAUUGUUCUUCCUCAGGAUUCCUGAAGCCAUAUUAAUCGAGUUUCUUUUCCUUUUGCUCUAUGCAGGUGAAUUUGCCUAAGGGAACUGGUCAGACUGUCAAAGUGGCUGUUCUCACCCAAGGUCAUCUCCUAGUCAGAUGCUUCUUUGACUAAGAUGUUUCCUGAGAAGUUUUCUCACUGUUAAAACGCUGCCCAGGAAUGUCCCAUGUGCCAUGUUAUCCCUUCAUCAUGGUAGUAAUAAUAUGCAUAAGAUUUAAUUUUAAAUUAAAUUAAAAUAAAAUAAAUACUAUAGGUAAAGAAGUAACCUGCUAAAUGGUGAAAAGGAGAUUUUUUUCAUAAUUGAAAUGCAAGCAUCUGUGUCACCGUACUUUGGCACAUAUUCCCUUCAUCAUGCUAAUAAUAAUAUGUAUAAGAUUUAAUUUGAAAUUAAAUUAAAUGAAAAUAAAUACCAUAGAUAAAAAAAAUAACCUGCGAAAAAUUGAAAAAGAGAAGGUUUUUGAUAAUUAAAAUGCAAGCAUAUGUGGUAAGCAAUUUUGAUAUAUUUCCGGGCUGAAACAGAGCUGUCGCUAUAUGCAUAGCUUUCUCAGUGCUGCCUUUAGAUUUUUCAUGGUCCCUUUCCUACCCCUCUAUCUUGUUCUUCAUAUAUUUUGCUAGGUGCGAGGGUAUGGAAUCCUGUCACUAAGAACUGUCUCCACUACUGUCAUACUUCUCUCAUGUACUAUCCUAAUUCUUCAUUUUCUAAGUUGAGCAACUUGUCCAAGCCAUACGGAGCGCAUGCCACAUGAUGUUCUUGCUGUGCUUUGUUAAUGAAGAAAUACACUCUAGUGCUUCAAAGAACAUCUUUAUGACGUGGUUUCUAGUGCUUUACUCGAUUUGUUUCAGUAAGAGCAUUAGAUUUACUUAUUCCAGACACUGUGAUUUGAUAUUGGCAGAUUCCUCAUAUGCAUCCGCUUUUAUUGACUUGCAUACUUGAGAUGGAUUUCAAUUCAGGUGUUUGUUUGUUGGGGUCAGAUGACACUCCUUGUAUCGUUCAACUUAAACCAGGUUUAGUUAACUUUGAAUUGGUGGACUUGGAUAUACGUUCUUUAGUGUGAUAUGCUGCUGGUUGCUUUGAAAUGGUUCAACGCAUCACUGAAAAUGCCGAAUAUCACCACUUAAACCCGUUAUAAGCAGUCCAUCUUUUAUAUAUCAGUUUGAGUGAGUCUCAGAUGGAAAAACAUGAUGCUUUUUCAUGUCCAUUUAUUACAAAUGCGUCAUUAACUUUGCCAGAGAUCCUUUUUUCGACGUGUGUAGUCCAUAUUAUGAAAUGUUGAACUAGAUUGCAGCAGCCAGAUGCUUUUCAAGCUUAUGUGUGUGUUUAUUUUAUUUUACCUUUCAAGAUUGACUAAAAUUUUAUGAGAUGGUGUUUCUAUAAGUAUGCAAUGAAAAUGGCGUUUUAUUCCAAGAUCCAUUUCAUUUUUCCAUGAUUUGUGAAGAAGCAUUGUACUUCACUGUUCCCUUUCUUUUAUUCAUGGAGAAGGGAGUGGGUUUUUGUAAUUGAGAAACUUAAUUCCGUGAAUUCAAAUUUUAUGAAUGCUUACAUAAUCAGACGAAACCAAAACGUAGGCAAUAAUAAUGGUUUUUGCAUGAAACAGUAGUGGUAUGGUUCUGUUAUAUAUGUGCCUGAAAUUUUUUAUACCAGGUGAAAAGGUCGACGAAGCCAAAAAUGCUGGGGCUGAUAUAGUUGGCGGAGAAGAUCUUAUUCAACAAAUAAAGGGAGGAUUCAUGGAAUUUGACAAGUUGAUUGCUUCUCCAGAUAUGAUGCCUAAGGUUUUUAUGUGAACAUUUUGUCAUUUACAUUCAUUUAAUUCAUUCAAUUGUUAACAGUUCACCUGAAAUUAUUAUUAAUAACCAUUAAGGAAUUUACUGAAUAGAAUGGAUAGUCUUUAGAAAUAUCUUUUGUCCAGCCAUGAGUAAACAAUGCUUAAUGGUGAGUUAAUGCUGAUAUUUACUUUCUUCAAUCAAAUAUAUUGGCCUUUUCCAUAUAUGCUGGGUCGUUCACAUUGCAUCAGUUCUUGUUCUUCCAAGGUUUUGUAGUAUUGUAAUGACAUUAUUAUGGAUGCGAGUCAUUACCUAUCAUUUUUUUAUUGAUUAUUCAUUUAACUGACCCUGAAUUUUGUCCCACAUCGUUAGACUUUUGUCCAUGGUUUCUAUCAUUUACUUAUAGUAGUUUAUACUCGCAGUUAAGGUAAAUUACUUUUAACUAAUUCACUUGCUUUGAAAUUCUUCCUUUAUCAGGUUGCCAGCUUGGGUAAAAUCUUGGGACCACGUGGACUUAUGCCAAAUCCGAAAGCUGGUACUGUUACCACUGAUAUACCUCAGGUACAAUGCAUAUACUUGAUGGUUCUAAGGUUCUUAGAGGUUUAAUCUUUGUCUAACCAAAGCAUGCGAGGAGAGACUAGUAACUUUUUCUCAGUGGCAGAUUUACUAUUCUAGCUGUGAAGUUUGGUUUUUGUUUGUUUCGAUUUUGGACCAUGACUCCACUGAAAUUCUGAUUCAUAUGUGAAUGUAAACUACUGAUGACAAGGAGGGCAGUCGGAGGGGCAGUGUUUGUGGUAAAAUAAUUCAUGUAUCGAAGGGUAGAUGCAGAAUUUUAUGGUAAAAUUAAGCUCUUUGGAUAAUUAAUACUGACUACAACUAUUCAAUGAAAUAUAAAAUCUAGGCGUCUAUUCUAUGAGUUUUCAGGGUCUACAAUCAUUUCAAAUGGCAUGCUGGCAAAUCGUUGCACUUGAUUCUCAUAAUGAAGGGGAUGGAGAGAACAUUUUUGCUAUUUGCCUAUCUUUUCAUGUAAUGGAUGAAGUAUGCGCAUCCAACUUCAAGCAUGUAAGAAACUAGAAUAUUCUGUUUUCUUGGAGAUGGAACGCACUAAGAAUGAGUUGAGUACAAAGUUUUUUUACAACAGAACAUCUUGCGCAUGGAUGAAGUAGCCAUUUUUAUGACAGAUCAAGGUCUGGAUAAGAUGGCCAUGCCAAGAGUGAAUUGAGUACAAAGCUUAAUUAUUUCAGCCCAUUAAAAAUGGUAAACAGUGAAGGAUUUGGGUCAUGCUGCUUUUCAUGCCCUUCCAAAGCAAAAUACUUUAGAGAAUCAAUGUCUGUGUUGUGAGUUAAUAUCGUCUACACAUUUGGUGGACUGUUCUAGGUGAUGCUUCCAUAUCUCAGGGUCUUCGUGUACCCCAUAUUUGGUUUCCUAACUAUCAUCAGAGUGUUGAUAAGUAGGCAGGUGUGUAGGUUGAUCAAUGACCAAGAGAGCUACAGAACGUGACUGUCUCAGUAAAAUAUUUCAUGAUGAUCUGAAUCUGCCUCUGGGUUUAUUUAGGUCGUGGGUCUGCUUGACUGGGAAAUAUAGUGGUGAUGCUUGAAAGCAUAUUACUUUGAAGCAUAAAUUGACGAGUUAUGUGAGUGACAAGGGCUUGCUCUAUUGCUGUGAUGUAAGCUUGUUGCUCAACAUUCACCCUGAUUAGCCAGAUGAAGGAUGAAACUGGUAAGGGAACCAUUGGUAAAGCUUGUUUAGUCAUGAAUAAAGGGAUUUAGAAACAAAUGGGCGCUCUAGCCAAAUUGACAAGGACUCCCUUACUUUAUAUAAGGACCAGCAGCAGGUCUCCCCACAUGCCAGGUGAGUAUUGCUUGCUUUGCUUUUCAUGGUUAGCAAAGAUGGGAUAAAAUCAUGUGGGUCUUUAGUAAAGUAUUUUCAAUCAUCUGGGUCUAAUGCAAUCAGUGUUCUUGAACUGUGUUCUACUUCCUUUCUGUUGAUCGAAGAUUUUCCUUCUUUAGAAUGUGCAUUAGGCUAAUACCAGAAAAUAUUCAGACUCGGAAAAUAUUGGUGGAAGAGAUGAAAACUGUGAGGCAUUAUUGUUGGGGUUAGGGUUGACUACUUAUAAUGAAAUUCUUCCCUGAAUCAAGAACUGAAAAUUUGGGUCAAUGUUUGUUAAAUGGCAAAAAAAAAACAAAACAUUAUUGCGAUAUGCUUUUUUAUGAGCAACCAAGGCAUUGCCCAAAGAUGUUGUACCAUCAAUAUCUUCUGCAUGGAUAUAAAACAGUUUUUUGUGACCCAAUUUCGAUACAGCUUUCACCGGUUCAUUUCUGUCUUGAAAUCAACAAUUAACAGAGAAAUGAACCACCUAUUUUCGUCUUCCAGGCUAUCCAAGAGUUCAAGAAAGGAAAGGUUGAGUACCGAGUUGACAAGACCGGAAUCGUCCACAUACCUUUUGGCAAAGCAAACUUCCCAGAUGAAGAUCUCAUUGUAAAUUUGGUUGCAGCUAUCGUGAGUUUUCUUCAAGCAGAGCACAUUAUUUCUCAUAAUUUUCACCACCUCAAGCAACUAAUGGGCGGCGGUUCAUCAACAUCCUGUGCUCCUUUCUUCUUCUUUUCUUUUCUUGUAGAAAUCGGUGGAGUCAAACAAGCCAUCUGGUGCUAAAGGAGUGUACUGGAAGAGCGCAUACAUAUGCUCAUCGAUGGGGCCAUCCAUCCGGCUAAAUAUAAAAGACAUGCUUGACUUCAAGUCUCCUGGUUCCUGA